AUGAUGUCGGAUAAUCGAUAUGAAAAUGAUACGACACCGCUUACUUUUGAUAAUUUAUUUUCAUUACUUGAUAAUUUUAAUUCUUAUAAUAAAUAUGAUCAAUAUUCUGUGUUAGAUGAUGAUGAUUUAAUUGAAGAAAUAACGUCUUCAUUAUCUGAAAUUGAUCAAAAUCAAUUACCAACGUUAUCAGACGAUAGUUCAACAGAAGAAUCUCAAUUGUCGAAUCUCGAAUGUCGUGUUUGUGGUGCUCCUGCUCAUGGUUUUAAUUUUGGUCAAAUCACUUGUGGACCAUGUAAAGCAUUUUUUCGUCGAAAUGCAUUCCGAAAUAAGUCUGAACUACGAUGUCAAUCUUCGGGUUCUUGUGUUAUUAAUAUUCAUACACGUCGUCAUUGUGCAUAUUGUCGAUUACAAAAGUGUUUUGACGUUGAAAUGCGUAAAGAAUUGAUUCUUAGUGAUGAAGAAAAAAAAUCAAGACAUUUACUAAUAUUAGCAAAUAGACAAUUGAAACAAAUUCUAUCAAAUAAACAACCACUUCGUACUCUUUCAACAGCUUUGAGAAAGAGAAAACGUUCAUUGAUAUCAUCAAGAAAUGAACAAACUGUUGUUAAUUCAGUGACCAAAAUGCAUUGUUGUAGUUCGAAUGAUAUUCUAAAUGAUGAGGAUCAAAUAUUAUUGAAUAAUAUAAAUAAUGCUUAUCAAUUAGUAGUAGAUAAAAAUGAUUAUUCUUAUAUUGAUAAAUAUACAUCAUCAACACCUUUUUCACAGUUUAUUAACGAUGAAACUAUGAUGUACGAAUCAUUAAUCAAUUUUUUUAAAUGUAUACCUGAAUUUAAACAAUUAGACAAAAAUGAUCAAGUUCUGUUAAUAAAAUCUAAUUUACUUACAAUCAUACAUUUACAUCAUAUAAUAAUAUAUAACUUUCAAGAUUGUCCAAAUCUUGAUAAAUGUCUAUCUAAAUGGAUCAAUAAAGAUUUUGAUUAUCAAAUAGUACGAACACGUCAAUAUUUCUAUCGUUUUAUAAAUUAUCCAUUAGUAUUAAAACUUGCACUAGUUGUACUUAUUUUUAGUGUUAAUUUAUCUUCAUGGUUUGAUAUUACACAAUUCUAUGAAUAUAAAAAUACGAAAAUAUUAUUUGAAUAUCAAAAUUAUUAUACGAAUAUUUUGUGGCGUUAUUUAAAUUAUUUAUUCGAUGAAAAAGAAGCAAUAAAAGUGAUGGAAAUAAUAGUUAUGCAAAUUCUACGAUUUCAAUUAUUAAUGGUAACAAUGAGAAAUUCUGUAUGUCAAAGUCCAUAUUGUUCUCAAUAUCAUCCAUUAAUGCAGUCUGUACUUGGACUUUAG